UUGUUGAUUGUUGUAUGAUUAGCCCUUACAUGGCCUUAGUUGUUUAAUAUAUAUUUUUAAAUCCUAUCUUCAUAUUUGCAUGUACAUAAACGAGUAGAAUCAACCAUUGAAACGAUGGAAGAGAGGCCUUAUGGAUCUGUGCCUGUCCCCUCGGAAUAUCUCCAAAAUUGGGUUACAGCUGCACAGCAGCAUCUGCAGACGUUACAGGCCCAGUACCCUCACCUGGCUAACGGGGCUCACGGGGGUCACUACAUGGAGGGAGGCAUGGAGAACGGCGGCAUGAUGGAGAUGCCCGGCGCUGGGGUUCACCCUCAGGCCCUCGCACCGCAGGCUCCACAACAAGCACCUGCCAAGAAGCGAGGGCGAGCAGCACCUAAAGAGCCCAAACCGAAGCCAGAACCGAAGCCCAAACCCCCACCUAAGGCCAAGGCUGAACCCAAAGCCAAACCAGGGCCAAAGCCCAAAAAGGCCAAGCUGGACAAGGGCGCCCCAGAGGGAGGAGAGGGGCAGGAGAAGAUCGACGAGACCUUCAAGAAAGUGAGGAGGAAGGUGGAUCGCUUCAAAGGCAUGACGGAGGAGGAGGUCAUGAAAAGGACACUACCAGACAUCCUCAAACCCAAUCUGGAUUACGUCAUAAUUGGCAUCAAUCCUGGACUGGUGGCAGCUUUCAUAGGCAGGUGGUUCCCUGGGCCUGGAAACCACUUCUGGAAGUGUCUGUUCCUGUCUGGUUUCACGGACGAGCUGCUGAACCACAUGGCAGACACCAGCUUGCCUGAAAAAUACGGCAUCGGCUUCACCAACAUGGUCGCCAGGGCAACGCCAGGAAGCAAAGACCUCUCCACAAAAGAACUCAGGGAAGGAGGCAAAAUUUUGGUUGAAAAACUCAAGCAAUAUAGCCCUCUUAUAGCGGUAUUCAAUGGAAAAUGCAUCUUUGAGAUGUUCUGCAGGGAGAUCUUUGGAAAGAAACCAAAGAAACUGGAAUUUGGCCUUCAGCCUCAACGGAUUCCUGACUGUACAACGGCUCUGUAUCUGAUGCCCUCCUCUAGUGCCCGCUGUGCGCAGUUCCCGCGUGCGCAGGACAAAGUGCACUUCUACAUCAAGCUGAGGGAGCUGCGGGACGAGCUGAAGGGACAGGCCAAACCUAAAGAGGUGGAGGAGCUCAGCUACAGCUUCGACCUGGGAUUGGCCAAAGAGGAUGCUAAGAGGAUGGCAGUGAAGGAGGAGCAGUAUGAUCCCGGGUACGAGGCGGCCUACGGGGGCGCGUACGCUGAGCCAGGCUCCGAAGCAGCGGGACCAGCGGGACAGAGCAAUGGCCACUGCACCUUCUCAGCUAACGCAGAGACGGCAGACACUGCAGAGAAGGCCCCUGCGGCUGGUGCUGCUGAAGGACUCCUCCCUGACGGCCAGUGGAUGACCCAGACCUUCGACGAUCAGAUCCCCGACAUCACAGCCUCCUCAUGAUCAGAUCCCCGACAUCACAGCCUCCUCAUGAUCCCACACGGGUCUCGGAGCAGAGCAGAGCGACUCAUACACAACCAGACUGAACUGGAGCAUCGGCUUGCAAAUCAUUUAGGGGAAACGCCUCGCCCUGCUCUCCUCUCGAUAAUGAAGUGCUGCUCCAUUCUGCCCAGCUCUGAGUAUCACGUUGGUCUGAGUUCAAUCAUGCUGGGGUCGUUCAUGGACCCUGGAUCAGUUUUUAUUUGACUUUAUUUGAUAGAUCUGUUGAACAAUACUGGACCCUCUGCAGGAGUCUCCACACUGUAAAACAUUGCGGCCAGUUAAACGUAAAAAAGUUAGUUGCCCUGCUCCCUCAAGUUUGUAAGUUAACUCAACUUACGAACUUAAGGCAGCAGGGCAACCUGCCUUUUUUGUUUAACUGAUUUGCAAUGUUUUACUGUACAUGAUCAGCAGGAUUACACAAUUCGAUCCAGGAGCAAGACUAAGAGGAGCUAUAUGAACGCUGUCUCCUCACAUGUUCCUUACUUUUUAAAGUAUCUGUACCUCAGUAAACACCAGCUGAAGAGUCUUGGGUGGACUAGAAAAGGACAAACACCCCUUUACAUACACAUCAGACAUUCACACAGGAGUGGAUGAAUUUCUACCUUGGAUUUGAAGUAGCCCGUUUUAGAAAGUAGGGUUUUUUUCAGUUUUGGGGGGUUUAAAACAAAGUCUUUGGGUAAUGAUCAUGCUUUUAAUCAGUGAAAGGAAAGCAAUAUUUUAAAAGGAUAAGAUAAUGGUUUCCCCGUUUUUAAAAGUAUUGAAAUACUUUAUUUUGAUUUGGCAUGGUAUGUUUCUGUUCACCUGAUUACGGUGUCAAGAUUUCUCCUGGUUUGUCUAUGGCUGGUUCAGCACUGCUAUGGUUUUUAUGUUUUAACAUCAGGGAAUAUAAUAGUACUUGAUUGUGUUUGCGCUCUUUGGAAAAUGUCCACUAUUUAAAUGACAGUUUUGCAUUUAAUGUUUUAUUUUCUGGUUGCAGCAAAGGUUGAGCAUAAUUUGUAUGCUUACAAACUUUGUGACAUGUUACAAGGACUAAAUACAAAAGAAAAAAAUGUAUUUUCACUUAUUAGUAUGCAACUAGAUCGCUGUAACUGUAGGAAAAGUGUAGGUUAAUUUUGUGACUUUUUUUGGCUAUGGCUUUGGUUAAAGUGUAAUCAGAGCCCAACUCUAGUCUAAGGCUGUAGGAGGUUUGGAAGAAUUACAAUUGCCUUUUUCAUGCUGAAGUAAUCGACCAGUUCUCAGAAAUGUGGAUUUGAAAGAACAGAAGCGGUAUAGUUUUCCUUUCAAAUAUUGAACUGCUGUGACAUUGAACUACAGUGGUCAUAAGCAGUGAAGCCAAUCCUACUGCAGUGGUUCGAAAUAUUCGUUAACCUAAACCCACACAAGAGGUGUGCAAAAGCCAACUCAAAAAUUUAACAAUGCUCUUAUUGUCAUCUUGUUUUUUAAGGGGGAGAAAAAGUACUGUAAGAUGAGCUGAACUGUAUUGUGAACCGUGAUCAUGUCUGUAUAACAUCUUCAGAGGGGUAUACUAAGAAGCCAGGACUCCAGGCUCUUCUAUUAGAUGAUUUACCUCUUAACUUAACCUGGUUUAGUCCUGAACCAGCUUCUUAGUAUAAGCAUGUUGGCUAGUUCUUGGUCUAUGAACAUUGGAUACUUCACUCAUGCUGCUGUGGAACAUGCAGUGUGAACGUAACAUCACUUCACUGCCUCUAGAGUGCAGUGUUUCACUGGUAAUCAUUCCUGCGUUACAAACGACGGCUAUAGUGGACUGGUUUAGACUGCAAGCAUUCGGUGGUUCUCCCGACACUUGGUGCUAUUUUUUUUUUAUUAUUAUUUUAAUUUUUUUCCCCUCAUUUGAGUUUUUACUUGUUAUUAAAAUGCAGAUUUCCAUUUGCAUA